AUGAAAAUUGAAAAUCAAGAUUUUAAAUAUAUUCCAUUUAAGGAACUUUUAAAAUUACAUUCAAAUCAUGUUUAUAUUUAUAAAAAUGAUGAAAAUGAAUGGAAUAUGAAAAUAUUAAAUUAUAAUACUAGUAAGAGAUUUAAUUUAACAUCUAUUCAAUAUUAUAAACAAUUUAAAUUAUUACAAAAUAGUAAUAAUAAUUUAAUAGUUAAUAAUAGUACUAAUACUACUAAUACUACCAAUGAAACAACAUCAGAAGAAGCAACACCAGUAAUUGAAAGUGAUACUACUACCAUCAAUCAAGAAGAAAAUACAAAUGAUGAAUAA